AUGUCACUCGCCAUCUGUACCGAGUGUCUGUCCCGACUCCGUAUAUCUCCUCACAACAGCCUUGGUCGGGUGGCAAAGGGUGCGAGCUUGCUCCCUCAAACGGCAUCAUUCCAUGCAUCCGCGACGCAGAAAGCCAACCCAACGCCCGGCAAAAAGGGAGACAAGAUCCUCAAAUUCCGCGGUUCUCAAUCCGCCCGGUUAAAGAAGAAGGUUAGAGAACGUCUGAAGCUGCCUCCCGUGGGGGAACGCCGAGCUCAGAGACGACGCAUCGUUCUGAGCAACACCAAUGCUCUGCCGGUCGACGACAUGGAGAACUGGAACAAAGGCAACAUAACAGACUCGCAGCUGGUCGGUAAAGUGAUGGGGCUGGACGGCGAGCUGCUCGAUCAGCUCCGGGACGCAAAGGCCUUCGAGCGCACGCAGAACUGGAACCUGUUCCGCAGACCUGGCACCCUGAUUCGCGACGAGACGCUGGCCGUCGGCAAAGAGGUGGAGACCUUGACCAAGACUGCAGACAGUCGAGUCGUCAAACAUUUGGUGGUCGGAGAUGCGCAUGCAGGGAAAAGCAUCCUGAUGCUGCAGACAAUAUGCAUGGCAUUCAUGAAUGCCUGGCUCGUUUUGAGCGUUCCUGAGGGUGAAUGGUUUUUCUACUUCUCCUGCUUUUCUUUGACGAACCAUGCUACCCAAGUCAGACUGAACAAUACUGAUUUCCCCUUAGCACAAGAUUUCAUAAACAACACAUCAUCUUAUGCCCCUCUACGUGAGAAGGAAGGCGAAGGCGCGCCACGAGAGCAACGCUUCAUCCAGCCACGUCUGGCUCAGAGUUUCCCCGAGCGCGCCUUGUACUCGAACGAAACAAUCCUUGGCGGCCUGAAGAUCAAUCACGAACUGCCCAAGAACAUCACGCUGAAGCAGUCGUCCACCUGA